AUGGGGUGGUGUCUUUUACGGUUAUCGGCUAAAUUGUCGAGGAGAAAAGCAGAAGUUCCUCUGUCGCUUAUUUUUGGAGGUGAGUGCGGUAUGCAUACGGUUGAGAUUUUAACAAAAAAUGCCUUCUCCAGUUAUGUUCUCAGGACGGCUUUGUUCCAUGAGCUUGAAGCACUCUAUUUGAAAGACAGCAACAUCUCUACACACGAGUUGACUUUAAAAGCACUUGUAUGUGGGAUAUUUACAAGACCCUCUCAAGCUGCAGGGGAACGCUUUUAACCUAGUUUCUUUGUACCAGGGCUCAAUCUAUUCCACACUUACAGGGAAAGCAGUACCACCGACCAAGUCAGGUAUUUGAUAGUACAGCUGUUGAAUAUAAGUCUGGAAGAUGGUGGUAGAAAAUUGGCUGUACAGAACAAAAGUUUUCCUGAGAAAAGGAACAUUCAUAUCAUGGCCAAGAGGCACAGGAUUCCUUGCUGAUUUUCUUAGCAUUAUGACAUUCUAAACGUCGGCACCAGAAUCUGCAGAAUGGCAAUCUGAUCCCUCAAAGUGUUUUGGGUUGUCGAUCAUACGCUGAUCUCGAGAGCGAUUUGGGCAACUUACCAGUAGCUCCAUGUACUGUCUGCACAGCAUCUUGACAAAUACCUGAAAUACCUCCCUAUCUGGGUAGAAAGCUGAUGCUGAUUAUUUUAUACUGUUUCAAAAUUUGAUUGUGAGCACUGUUGUUAUAUAACUUACAUGAUAUCCUAUAACUGGAUACAGAUAUCUUAAACGACACUGAGAUGAACAGUUGUUUUUUAGUAUAUUUUAAAACAGGGAUAUCUAGCAUGAAAAUGAUGAUUUUUUUACUCAUUUAUCAGGGGCAACCAACGAAAAUAUAGUUCAAAACCACUUAAACAUAACAUUGUUUAACGUAUUAUAGUAUUUAAAACGGUAAAUAUAGGCAUAUUUUUAUCCCCUAAAAAUUUUUGAUCUGUUCGGAUUUCUUAGCUGAAAGUCUAGUGAUUCGAAAAUUAUAAGGAUCAAAACUUACCUUUUCGAAAAUUUCAGUUAGAAAAAAGGCUCCCGAGAAUUCUAGGUGACCUUUUUAGAGCAAACAUCCAUUAAAAAUGGGCAAUUAUACCAUUUUUCAGAUGUUCGAAAAUCCUAGGAGAGGGAAGCAAGCAGGAAAUUUUACAACAACUGUUUCGAAAAUUCUAGAUCUCAAAUAGUCUUCCGAACAGAUAUUAGUCCGAAAAUUUACGUUGGGUGCCGCUGAUUUCUUCCUGUCAACCAUUACAAUUUUUGAGUUUCAAUUCUUCAUUACAGUACAUCAAAGUUUUCGUUUUCUUGAGCCACGAGUCACACAAAAAUACAUCUUCUUGAAAUGUAAACUUGCAAUGCAGGCCAAUCCUGCUGCUCAGUUUAUCUGCGCGCUUUCCUGUAAUAACGCAUCUAAGGACACUGCCUGUUAGAAAACGACUGUACCUCUAUCCAUGUUUACCUCAGAGGUCGUGAUGUAAAAAGGUUGGCUUACACGCUACCAGAUUUGUAAAGUAUACUUGUAGCGAGCCACACACACACAAAAAAAAGGCCAAAUUUUUCAUUUUGGCCUUUCAUUCAGACAGAGAGAGAAAACCGAUAAGUUAUAACGUGCAAAUUGGCUGCCACCAAGGAUUAUCAUGUCUUAACGGCCUGUGUAGCAUAAAAUUAUAUUUCGGGACUGUCCAAUUACCCUUAUAAAAUAUAGUUGGUGUAGGUAGCCAAGUAGGUUAUUUUGCUUGGGAAGAAUUUGUUUUCCACGCCUAAUCUACUGUGGUCAAAGGUGAUUCCUAUUUAUUGGGUGUACAUAAAAGACUUUUGACUCGAUGUAAGAUUUUCCAUGUUUCAUUCUUGCACUAUUUUCAAAUUAUUUUUUCUCUUAAAUCACCCACCUCCACCCUUAAAAGUCAUAUUGAUGUCCCCAGUUAAUUGAUUUGCGGAUCACAAGGUUAUUGUUUGAUUUAAGUUAUUCAUUUAUUAACUGGAGCUACGGUUUUUAGUCCUGACUAAAUCUAUAUAUUGCAAUUGGCAGAAGUACGUAUACGCUCGUGCAAUAAUUAUGGAGUGGGUAAGGUUAACAAUCUUUUUAACACAAUAAAGAAAAAAGCGGCAACAGUACAACCAUACUAUGACCAAAAUCGACCCAAAUGUUAAAAUACCACAUCUUACAUUUUAAAUCAAGUGCCUUUAUAAUUUAUGCCGCGGCAGGAUUAGCUCAGUCGCUAGAGCGCUUGACUGCAGAGCGGGAGGUCGCGGGUUCGAUUCCCGUGGCCGGACCAAUACUCAGGGUCUUAAAAUAACUGAGAAAUGAAGGUACUCCCUUUGCCCUGCAGGCGGCUGGACCUUCGCGUGGCUCGGAUGACCACGUAAAAUGGCGGUCCCGUCUCUAUUAGGAGACGAAAAAUAUAGUGUCCCCAAUUAGCACUUUCGUGCUAAAUACACUGACACUCAAAUAAAGUGCAUUUUAAAUUUAUUUUUUAUUUUAAUUUAUUUUAAUUUUAAUUUAAUUUAAUUUAAUUUUAUUAUUAUUAUUAUUAUUAUUAUUUCUUUUUAUGCCAAGCAGGUGAAACAGCAAUCCCAAGGAACUCUGGGUAAUGUUUCAAGAUGGAGGGCUGAGACGAGGUGCUAGGCUCUUGCGAGAUCUUGUCAAACUCCCCCGCCCUGACCCCACCCCCAGGAUAUUGUGUUACGUCAAAUCUUUAAUCAUUCCCCACCUGCAGGAAAGGAAAUACAGUUAACCCCGGCCCGGCCCCCCUACCCUGGGGUUAACAUUGACUGGUGCAUAAAUGAGCGAGCAAUUCUUGCAAGAACCGCCUGGACAAACAGCAGUUAGGGAAAGCCGGAUCUGGUGUAGAUGAGGAUCAGUAAUAUAGAAUGACCCUCAAAAUUGAAGGCAAGGCCGAUUGAACUUUGCCCAAUAUUUCGACUUGACAAGUUUUGUCGAGUCGAAAUAAUGGGCAAAUAAAUUACCAAUCCUUAGCUGUCUGAACAGCCUUGCCUUCAAUGAGGGGGCUUUGGGGUCUAUAAAAAACCGAACAACCGCUCUAAAAAUUACUCAAAACCGAAAAACCGGCUCAAUUGUCAAAAGCCUAGUCUAAAUGUUAAACGUUAAUGAUAUGUGGAACAUAGGGACCAAACGGUAAAUGUGAAGAACAGUUCCCCAAAAAAUCUGUCGGCCGUCUGUCGGAAGACUUGGGGAGGUGUUCUUCAAUUUUGCCGUCUAAACAAUAUCACAUCAUCAAGAUUUUAAUAUCAUCACAGUAUCAGCACUAUCUAUGGAUGUCGUAAAACCGGCAUAUCUGCCCUAGGUUUGUCUAGGAGAAUUCACAAAGAUACUCGAUUGAAUAGCAAGAGAGGACAAUGGGGGAAAUUUUGCGUUCACAAAAAGCUCUCCUAUAACCGGGGGGGUUCUUCCUUAUAAGAGGCUAAUGGGGGUGUGCCGCUGGAUGGGGGUCGCAUUUUCACGACUGGAUUGAAUAUAAUGGGGUCGCAUUUUCAAUAGAGUUACCAGAAUGGGGUUGCACAUUUUCAGAUUUUCUAGGGUAAGACAGUUCUUCAUAUUUACGGUUAGCAAACAUACCAGAAUGUUUGUACUGCAGAUGAAAACUAAAAUGUUCUUCAGUCAACCUUAAAAAUGGGCCAAUUCAUAAAAAUAGAAAGUGAAUAAGUUGGGAUCGCGAAAAUUACAUAUUCGCCCAAAAGUGACUAAGAUGGGGUAUAUAAUUGGCCACAGAAUAGACUAUAAUGGGGUAGAGGCUCUGAGAGGUCAGUGGCACAUACCUAGCAAAAAUUAACCUAUGUAAGUACUCUCCCGGGCUCCUAUAGCUGUAAACUUCAAUCCCACAUUGCAAUUUGACCUGGAUUGACUGUAAAAUACAAACAUAUGAUAUAGCCUAACAUCUGACUGCACAGAGACCCACAGAGGAAUCUAAUCUGCUUUAUUUUUGCCAAAACACCGGAAGCUAAAUAAAAAAAGCGAAAAACCGGAAACCGCAACGGACAACCGACAAAACCUAAAAACUGAAGUUUUUCAGCGCAAAAACCGAAAAACCGACCUAUAAAGUGGCCAAAACCGAAAAACCGAAAAUACCAACGCCCCUUUCUUCAAUUUUAAGUGAAAAGCGUGAACUUUCUUUUAUGCUACAUAACCUUGUACGUCUAGUCUCCGACCAACCUCAAGCAGUCACACUUCCGCAUACUAUUGUACGCGAAAACGAGGCCUCGUUGUCGAAAGGAUGUCGAAAGCAGUAAUGGAUGUAUUACUAGCGUCAGAAAUAGGCGAUAGCAAGAAACUUGAACAGCUCUUGGCCGCUCAAAAUCCAGGGGUCAACUAUAGUAACGAUUCCAAGGAAACUCCACUACUUCUUACCUGUAAAUUCGACCAUUUCAGUUGCUGUUCGCUUCUCCUUGAGGCAGGAGCGAGCGUCGAUCAAAGCGAUUGUGUUGGCAACAGCCCAUUGCAUUUUGCCAGAGAUUAUAACACAGUCGCACAUUUGCUUGCGCUAGGAGCCGAUCCAGCGGCGGAAAAUGUGAAAGGACGAACACCUUUACACGAAGCUGCUCUUUGGGGAACUACUGAGGUAUUUAAAGCUCUUCUUGAAGAGUUUAUGAACAGGAAGCUCUCGGUCGACGUCUCGGACGACCAUGGAUUUACUCCCUUGCACCUUGCCGUGUUUUCUGAGGUCGAAGAAAGCAUCUUAGAAAAGAUAAGCCUACUUAUUUCGGCAGGAGCUGAAGUAGAUAAACGGAAUCUCCAUGGUUUCACUCCUAUGAGGUUGGCUUGUAUGAAUUUUCUAAACUUAAAAGCAAGCAGUGUUUUACAUUUAGUACGAUGUGGAGCGAGCCCUCACGUUCUCGACGAAUAUGGCAAUACUUGUUUGCAUGUCAUAUUCAAGGGGAAUCCUUAUUUCUCGUAUUAUGGAAAAGAUUCCCUAGAGGUGACGACGAUUCUCGAAGAAUUAGUAAAACUGGGAUGUAAUGUUAACCUCAAGAAUAGAAAUGGCCAAACUGCUGUGCACUAUGCAGCGUACAGCGCACUUCCAGAGCAGGUGAAGACCCUUCUGGAGUGUGGUGCAGAUCCAUCGAUUGCUGACCACAUUGGAAGAACACCAUUGCAUAAAAGUAUGUUUAACAGAGACUUUAAAGUUGCUGAGAUUCUCUUGGAAUAUUCAAAGAGCCCUUGCAUUGUUGAUCACUUAGGAAGAAUUCCUCUUCACUAUGCUGCAACUUCUGGAAAGCCUGAAAUUAUCAGUACCAUCAUCCAAGCAAUGUCACCGCCUCCACAAGGGGUUGAAAAUUUCAUAAACAAGCAAGACAAUUUUGGGAUGACUCCUCUUCAUUGUUUCCUAUUCCAUAAAAGAACUGAAGAGUCAAUUCUAAGUUGUCUUUUGCAACAUGGAGCAGAUGUAAAAAUUGAUUUUCCUUCUGGUGUGACUUGCAUCGAAAUGGCCAGGUACUCCAGGGAUGUUAGCCAGGUCAUUUUCCAGGAAGCCAACCCAGGAAUGAUUCAUCCUUUACCAUUACCUGAACUACCUGGCUCCCAAGAGAAUUCCUUCUUAAAGGACUAUCUUCAACCAAUUUGCAUUGUCAGUGAUACAGACAUUGACCCGGAAACUUUGAGGCCAACUCAAAAUGUCCAAGAGUACCUUGAUCAAAUCUCCUCGUGGACCAUUCCAUCAGAUGAGCAAAUAAACCUUCAGAAUUUCAUAAACUCUUCGAUUGAGAAGUUUGUUAGGCAUCUAUGUGAUGAAAUCGCCAGGAUGGAUCCUAGGUUUGCCUCCAAUGUUCUGCCGAGUGGAAGCACCUAUGAAGGGACAAAACCUGUAACAGAAACCUCGUUUCUGACAGACUUUGACUAUAUGAUCUGUUUAGAAAGACUUAGCGAAGAAGUCAUUGUUGAGGAAGUACCAGCAGUUGUUGGACACGUAAGGGUUGCGCACAAGCAAUCAACAAACCAUUCCAAAUUUGAGGAAUUUUUCUCUGAUGGGUAUCUUGUUGGAGACAGAGUUUCAAAGGCUUUUUGCGAUCUCAUGGUCCUAGUUAUGAACCAACUUAAAAUCUGGCAAGAUGGUGAUAUGGAGUGCCCUUGCAUCCCCCUUUUGCAAAGUACCACUAGAUGUCCAAAUAUAAAGCUAAGUCUAGAUUGGAAGAAAGAUGUUAUGUAUGCAAGAAGUGUUAGUAUUGAUAUAGUUCCAGCGAUUCAGGUCAAAUCUCUGUGGCCAUCAUUUGCAAGACAAGACAGCUCUAUAUUGACCCCCGAUAUUAGUGAAUGUCAUGUUGUACUCAAACAACCUGAUGUUGGAUUGGACAGCACAGAACAUUUCGGGAAUCCUGCUCAUCUUCUAAGAGUGUCCUUUUCUGUUGCUGAACGAGAGAUAUUUCAUAAGAUGCCAGGUGUUGUCAAGAGAAGUUGUGUGGUUGCAAAGGUUCUGUCGAGGAGAAAAGCAAAAGUUCCACUGUCAAUGAUUUUUGGUGGUGAAUGCGGUACACAUAAGCUUGAGAUUUUCACAAACCAUUUGUUCUCCAGUUAUGUUCUCAAGACGGCUUUGUUCCAUGAGCUUGAAGCACUCUAUUUGAAUGACAGCAACAUCUCUACACACAAGCUGACUUUAAAAACACUUGUAUGUGGUAUAUUUACAAGACUCUCUCAAGCUGCAGGGGAACGCUUUUUACCUAGUUUCUUUGUACCAAGGUUCAACCUAUUCCACACUUACAGGGAAGACAGUGGCACCGAUACAAUCAGGUACUUGGCAUUACAGCUGUUGAACAUAAGUCUGGAAGAUGGUGGUAAAAAAUUGGCUGUCCAGAACAAAAGUUUUCCUGAGAAAAGGAACAGUGAUAUCCUGGACAAGAGGCACAGGAAA